AUGUGGAUCAAUGCUGCGAUUCAUACAUUCACUCCUUUCAAUAUGGCUGAUGGAUCGACGAGGUGGAGGUAUACAGCAGCGUACACUGUUGAAGCGAUUGAAGCUAUUGCAAGAAGCGGUUCUGUAACAGUUUCGCUUAACAAAGUGAAGCUGCUGGCUAUACGCCGCUGUUUCGCUUAUUACAGGGCUUUCGGUGAUGAUCAUCUACUACUCUUUGGUUUCCAUCCAAAUCGUCGACGUCAUCUACGAAUUCCUGCUGCUGAGGACGAGAACUUGCAGAGC